GAUCUUCUUCUGUAAUUGGUCUGCAGUCCCGGUUAUUCAGUUAUUUCGUGGCUGUGGGCCUGGUAGGAAGUGUAUAUAGAUUUGGCUGCUUAUAUUUACCAGUUGUGGAUGAUCCGUGGGAUCUGUUCGAGUGCCUAUUGUGUUCUUGUAAUAUCGGCGAAGAUGGUGUGUGAGGUUAUACUGAUUUUGACUGUUCAAGCGCCCGAUAUUCAGGAAAGCAAGUAGCCCAUACGUAUAAGGAAACAUAAAAUGAAGAUUUAACUGCGGUUAAGAAUGAAGUAAAAACGAGUUUCAACACAGUGCUAGAUUAUAUUAUGUCACUAGGUUAUAUUAAUUCGCCAUUUUAUUUGUGUUGUGUGCUGUGUAAUGGGUAAGAAGCAUUUUCACAUGUGAAUUGGUGUGUAAGUGGAAUGAGAUAGUGGUGAUGAAGUAUCUAAUAUUAUCACUACAUUCACUUAAUUGAAAUCAGAAUAAUAGGAUGACAGGUAUCUAUUUGAACCAGUUGUAUAAAUUCAGCCUGGUGUUUUAGGUUAUAUUAGCCAUAAUCAUUUAAUGAGUGGCUUAUAAUGGCAUAUACAAGUUGACGGUAGGCAGUGUAUAUCUGUUCAUGAAGGGACCAAAAUAUUUAUUACAACAAAACAAAUUUAUAACUCUGUUUUGAUAUGAUAUUUCCCAUGAAGCUGUAACGAUUUGCCCCUUCAGCGGCAAUCGGAGACCAUCAGUUGGUUUUGUAUCUGUUUCUUGUGACCUCCCUUGUGUAUGAAGUACCUAUAGUGGCUUCCAAAUGCCCCUACAUAGCAGACGACACGGCAGAACCCUGGAAGACGCAGUUGUUGCCUUUCAUGUACAUGUUCAGGACCAAACGGAACACUUUAGUUAAACGCCUGUGGAAGGCACGUGUUGCGAAGAAACAGUAUGAAGCCUCAGGUGAAACAGAAACUCUUGUAUCGUCUUCCCCACCUUCAUAUUGCUGGUGCUGUUGCGGCAACAGACACACAAGUUCCUGUUCAGAACAGCAGCAACAACAGUGUUAUAGUGCUGAAAUGGUUCGAAGCGAUUUGCUGAAACGGUUCAAAGAGAACCAAUUAGAAAUGUUACUAGCGGCCAUAGAGAGCAGGGGCGCGGAUCUCUCUGCGUGCGUUCUGUUGCCCCGUGAUCAGCCUCCGAUGUUGGACCCCCGUUUGCUGUGUUGCCAGCUUUGGCGGUGGCCAGAUCUCAGGCAGGCCGCCGAACUCAAGCGUUUACCUGUCUGCAGAUCUUCCAAAGAUACCGUGUACAUUUGUUGCAAUCCCUACCAUUGGAGCAGGCUGUGCAAACCCGAGUCACCUCCGCCCCCUUACUGCAGGUUCGCAAGGGAACGACUACGACCGGAAGACAGAGCACCAAGCGAAGGACAGUGCCCAGCAGUGCAGUGCCACGGGUCCCUCACCACCAAUGGAGAAGGAGAGGCUGGUGAGCGGGAGUGGUGCAAGCUGGCUUACUGGGAACUGGCAACUAGAGUUGGGCGUCUCUUCUCAGUGGAGCUGCCAGCGGUCAACGUGUUUACUACUCUACCUCAUGGUGACGGCUUGUGCCUCGCCACACUGACUCAGCAUGCCUUCUCGCCACCUCAUGAGUCCGUCCGCCGGACGCGCGCCAAAAUAGGCCUCGGUGUGACACUGAGCCAGGAGGGAGACGGUGUGUGGGCUUACAACCGUUCGGACAGCCCCAUCUUCAUCAACUCUCCAACACUGGAGGAUCCUGAAUCAAGGACACUUCUGGUAUAUCGGGUACCGCCAGGUCACUGUCUGAACAUCUUCAACGCUGACAAAGCGUCAUGUUCUCGUCACUGGGACUAUUCUGGCACGGGGCCCGUAGACCCCAACUCUGUACGCAUCAGUUUUGCCAAGGGCUGGGGUCCCAACUAUUCACGGCAGGAAGUGACAGCGUGUCCUUGCUGGUUGGAAGUGUUGCUUGCGCCGUGCAGGUGAUCAGAUGCCAUCAACUAUGCUCCUCUUAGUUUGCCAUCCGUCCUUGCCGUGAAGUUUUUUGCGGCCAUGUACUCCAGGUUGACAGAGUGAGCAAAUGAGGAACCGGCAUAUGUCAAAAGUGUUUGGCAGCUUUGUUAGUUGAUGCAGCUAAGUGUGUGGUCACCUUAGUCAUUUGCCUUAUAACCACAGUGAGUGCUUGCCAACAGGUGUUUUCAAACCAGUGCAGAGAUAAACAAGAAGUUUCCAACAGUCUUUUCUUGAUGUAAGAGUAAACAUUUCGUUCUCAUCAUAAAUAUACCAUAUAUUGAAUUUAAUAAUGUGUCAGAAGUAAGCUUUUGAACUCUCAUUUUCCGUAAAAAAUUACAACAAAAAUUAAUAUGUAGAAAAGUGUAAAUUUGGUGUAUUUAUUUUCUUACAAAAGUUACAUUGUGGCAAUCUUCCCUGGUAAUCAUGAGAAAGAAAUGUUUGCCACUUCACAGUUUAAAUUUGUGUUGGAGCCUUUUACAGGUAAACUGUUGGGUGGGUGGGGGGAGCCCCAUUGUUCUCUCUGUUUUGUUCCAAGCGAGGAUUAAAGAGUCUGUCCUAGACAGACUGCCAUCUUGCGAUGCAAUUGCUGCGUAUCUUGUCCUCGAAACAUUUUGUAAUUAUUAUAACAUAUAAAUCGCAAUGAGAUCCCUCUGCACAGGGUAACAAGCUGCUGGCCUAUAUAAUUGUUUUUUGCUUUAUGAUUAAGCCCUUGGAUGUGUGAGCAGUGAGAUGAUUGUAUUGCAGGGUAACAGGGAUGGAGGUGGUUCAAAAUCCAUGAAUCAUACUUAACAAAACAUGUUUUGUUAUAUUAUUUAUUAGCAUUAUUUAUUAUUAUUGGUUAUAUUUAUGCAGUUUAUUUCUACUCAUUGAAAAAUCUGCAUAAUUUUGUUAAUAUUUUUGUGUUAAUUUGUAUUCUGAAUGCAAGACCACUGUUGGAUUAUUUCAUUUUGUUUUAUGUAGAAAUGUAAAAUCAUUCAAGCCUUGUAAACUAUAUGUAAAACAAAAAUUUAUAGUUCAUAUUUUCUGUUGUUUAUAUUUGUUUAAAACUGCAAACCUUAAAUGGUCCCUGAGAUAAAUAUGCUGUAAUGAGUUCACUUUCUUUGGUAAAGACUGAAAUUAGUUUAACUGAUAUUAGUUAACUUACAUAAGUAUCAAGUCAUUUGUUGAUUGUAAAGAAAAUAUGGCUGAUAUUGAACCCCGGUGUUCUCAUCAAACACAUGGAUAUUGUUCAUGCAGUCAUAUAUGUUGCAGACAUCUGUGUGUUCUGAUUUGUGCAAGAGCCACAUCAGAAUAGUGGCCAUGUUGCUUUGUUUCUGGAAAGUAUGAAACACUGUCAGUACCGAAGAUGCGUCUAAUGUUUUGGGGUCUGUGCCCUAGUUAGGUCAUUGGUGUCUGUUGCAGAUUUGGAAUAUUAUGCAGGGAAGCCUCAGUUUCACAUUGCUGCCUUUUAAAUAUAUUUCUUCCCAAGAGAGAAUGGUUUAUCUCCAGAAACUCAGAUCUUAUGGUAAAUUCUCCCAAAAGUUAAAAUACGUUGUACAAUACGUUCUCAUCACGUAAAAUUCUCCCUCUCAAAAUUAUCUCAUUAGGAGAAAGAUAUAUUUAAUAAUUAUAAAGACAAGUCCGUCCAAUGU